AUGGCAUAUGUUUGCAUUAAUAAACUCGAACGCCACCUAAGCGGUACUGAUAUUAAUGAAAAUGGUGAAUGUAUUGAUAUAUAUGAUCGUCAUGAAGGAAUUGAUUGUUUUCGAAAACGUCUUAUGCAGUUAUUAAAAUGUAUGUUCACGUUUGAUGAUAAACAUCUUGCUCCAGCGGUUCUCCAUCCUCUUUAUCGCAGAUUAACAUUUGCUACAUCAUACUGUAAAAGUAUUGCUCACCAUUAUAUUCGUGAACAAAUAAAUGAUAUUCUUGAUUUAAAUCAACCGUAA